CCCGAAGUACGGGCGGAGAAGCUGUUGGAACCGGCUGAGGCAGGACUCGCACCAGCUAGGCGUCUGCGCCACGGACGCCGCCGGUUCCGCUUGGCUGGCUGGUUCGCUUUCGCUUCGGCUGGGUUCCGCUCUGCCCUGCUCGGCUCGGCCCGGCCCGGCUCGGCUCGGCUCCGCUCGGCCUGUCCCGGCCCGGCUCGGCUCGGCCCGGCUCGGCCUUGGCUCGGCUCGGCUCUGUCCGGCCACCGCUCCCAUCGGUCCGCUAGAGGCUGCCGCGGGACCGGUGCCCCUUCGCGUCCCCGAGGCGACUGCGCCCAGUGCUGGCGCCGUCUCCGGUCUGUGCCUUGACGGCGGGUGGCUCGUGACGAGGCUCCGGGUUUUGGUGCUGGUUCCCAGCUGGUCCUCGUCGUAUGGGAAGCCUCCACGCAGGUGUCUGAAGUGGAUCUGGAUUUUUAAGAAUCCUUUAGCCUGCGCUGCAAGGUGCACGUGUGUUGUCUGCAGUCGCUGGUAACUGCUGCGUGUGACAGUGGAGGCUUCGGAGCUGGGACCGCUGGAGUUUUUGUGUGCCUUUGGGAAGCAUGCCCGGAUGAAUGAGCAGUUGGGACAAAGGGAAGAUUAGACAGGAGCGCACCAGUACAAGAACAAAACUUUUAAAACAACCGAGUUUUCUUGAUACUGUAUACCUUUUAAGAAAGGAGGAGGAUGAUUCCGUCUCUGCCCACCAUGACUGUCCUCAUCCCGCUGGUCUCGCUGGCAGGCCUGUUCUACUCCGCCUCUGUGGAGGAAGGCUUCCCAGAGCGCUGCACCAGUGCCAACAGCCUGUGCUUCUACAGCUUGCUCUUGCCGGUCACCGUACCGGUGUACGUCUUCUUCCACCUGUGGACAUGGAUGGGCCUGAAGCUCUUCAGACAUAACUAGGGAGCCGAGGCCCUGUGCUGGGGCUGCGUCCGGAGUCGUGCAUGGGGCAGGAGGUUCUGCCCCAAAGUGUUGCAGAUUCAACUGUUAAUGCUGUAGCUGAAAAAUACUUCAAUAAAAUGUCUAGAGGGAGAGGAACAUGACCAGUCUUCAUC